AUGGAACCAUUAAAAACAAUAAAAGCUUAUAGUUAUAAAAAUGAAUUAAAUAUAAUUAAAUGUAACUUAUCAAUUGACUGCCCUUCAAAUGGUUAUUGCUACAAAGAUGGAAAUAAUCAAUAUGGUAUAUGUUGUCCCUCUAAAGAAAAUGUUUGUCAAUUGUUUUCAUCACCUGGUUAUGGAGAAUGUCAAAAUAAUACAUUAAGUAAUAAAAUAAUGUAUUAUUUUGAUAAUUUAGAUCUUAAAUGUAAACCAUUUUUAAUUGGUGGGUGUAAAGGACUUAAUAAUAAUCGUUUUCAAUCUAUUAAUGAUUGUCAAAAAUUUUGUUUUUCAACAGGAUGUUUACCAGGUGAAUUACCAUUAUAUACUGAUCAUCUUGGGACAUUACAUUAUUGUACAACACAAAAUCCAUGUCCAUCACCAUAUAAAUGUAGAUUUGAUAAUAUUUUCCGACAACAUAUAUGUUGUGGUAGAAAUGAUUAUCUCAAUCAAUGUUUAUCUCCAAAUUUACAACCAUAUUUAAAUAUAAUAGAGGAGUCAGGAAUGACCUGUCACCCAUCUGAAUCAUUUGAUACUUGUCCAAAUAAUUUUAUUUGUACAAAAAAUAAAACAACAUCUCUAACAUAUCAUUGUUGUGGAAAUGAUCCUUUAACUCUAUGUCCUAAUGGAAGAAAAGCGGCUUUGACUCAUAAAGACAAUUCAUAUCAAUCUGUCAUAAAAUGUCCUUUGUUUAAAGAUAAUCAGUGUCCACGUGGAUUUGAAUGUACAGAUGUGACAAAUAUAGAAAAUACACUUCAUGGCUUUUGUUGUGAAAAAGAAUCAAAGACUAUUAUUAAUAUUAAAAAAAAUAUUAUUUCAAUAACACAAAAAGAUUGUACAUCCAAAAAUUAUCAAUGUGAUGAAGGAUUUUAUUGUCAUUUAUUUGAUAACCAAAAAGGAAUAUGUAAAUCUAUUGAAAAUAAUAUAAAGCCUAAAAAUAUAAUAUUAAAUUAUAAAAAAUAUAAUUCAAAAGUAAAUAUUAAUAAAGAAAUAUUUUUAAAAAAAUGGUUAUCAAUUAACAAUAAUAAUACAAAUGUUAAAUUGUCAUCUUAUUAUUGGAAAAAAAGUAAAGAUCCAUUAUGCCCUUAUAUGAAUUCUAUAGUUUCAUGCUCACCAACUGAUAAUAAAAAUGUUUCAGUAGAUAAGUGUAAACAAUUAGAAAAUGAAACAAAUGAAUAUAAUGGAUGGAAUAUUCAAUCUUUCUGUCAAUUUAACAUACAGUAUCAAAUGUUUGCCUGCUGUUCAUUUGAAGUACCAUUAUUUAGCUAA